UCUUGUUACUAAAUUGUGAAUGUCAACUAUUUGUAUUAACUUGUGUAAGCUGCAGCUAUUAUUGCAAUUUAAAAUCAUGCCAAAAAAGCAGGUUAAAAAUGGAUUUAUGUUGUUUACUAUUGAUUGGAGGUCUCAAUAUGGAAAACAUCUUAGUAUCAGCGAAGCAACAGCAGAAGCAGGAAAAAUUUGGGGUUCUAUGUCAGUCCAUGAGCGUGCUCCUUAUAAUGAACGUGCAAAGCAAGAAAGAGUGGGAUCGAAAUCUGGCAGGCCAUCUAAACUUACCUGCACAGGUAAAUCAGUUGAAGAAGUAGAGAGGGAGAAAAAAGAAGCUGAUGAUGAAAAAUCUCGAAUGCAGCGUUUUAUACAAAUGACUGUGCGAAACAGUGUCAAAAAUUGCCAGUUGGAAACGCAGUCAUACUUCUUUAUAAUGGUAAAUUAUUUUGUAAAAUCCCUCAAAGGCAACAUAUAUGUUCCAGCAGAAAUAUCGGUUGCUGAAUAUUCAUUGAAGGAUGGUGUUUGCCGGAAAUAUCAUACAUUUGUUAAUCCUGGUCCCAAAAUCUACGGUUUACAGUAUGAGGCGCAACAUCAUUCCGAAAGCACACACAAAUUGCCUUUGCCACCAAACGCUAAAGGCGAGGCAAAUAUGGGUCUUAUAUACAGUAAUGUAUUGGACUUUAUACGUAACCAGGAAUCCGGCGAAUAUCCACCAGUUUAUACCUUUCCUGAGGCUAAGCAAAUCGUUGAAUCUGUUUUAGAUUUUCUUAAAAAAGACAGCCCAAGCAAUGUCGAUUUGAGAGUAUAUGAUAUAAAAUUUCUUUUUUAUAUACUUAAAGAAGCCACUUGUGAAAUGGGUGAAGUGCCGAAACCAUUAAACCAACACAUUACCGACGCGUUUUUUGAACGCGACAGCUUUGAAUUUAACAAUGGUCUUGCUUGCACUUAUCAUGAGGACAUUGACAAAAGUAAAUAUUGUACGCAAUCAUGUGUAACCCGCUGGGGCUUCAUGUUUUCUGAUUAUAUGUGUAGAGAUAUUGCCAUUGAUUUAAUACCAGGACGACAUGCACCAAUAGACUACAAAUUAGCUGCAACCAUUGUGGAUCCUUCACCGAGCACUUUUGCCGACACUGAUUCUCAUAUAUCAGUAAAUAGUGGAAGCAGCUACGCCACUAAAGCAAUAUCCGAGAAUAAAAUUUAUUAUGAUGACCAAAAGACAUUUGUGUCAAGUCGUUCAUACACAACGGCCUGCUCUUCAAGAAUUCAAAAUAAGGACGAUUUUCCCAGUCUAGGAUCUGGACGCAAGAAACAUAGUACACUUGUUUCAAGUGCACCUCCAAAGACUAUCCGAACCAAUGUAGGUUACCAGAGAAGUAUGGAUGAAGCUUUCGAAGAUUCAGUUGAUGAUUUAAAUCCAUGGUCAUCACGUUCACGAAAUGUACCUCAUGAGCCAGAUUCAUCACACUUUGAUAUAAAUUAUACUCGUGAAGAGACAACUGAUAAUGAGGCAACUUCAACUGUCGGCUAUGGGAGAGGAAGAAUGCGCAAUAACCAGUCUUUAAGUAGCAAUACGACCUUAUUCUCAGGCCGUGGCAGACUAUUUCAACGAUUUGAAUAAGAAACAAGAACUAAUUUUCAUACAUUUUCUAGCCAUUUCCAUACAAUGCAAGAAUUUUUUAAGUAUACUUCUAAUUUAUUUGAAAUAUUUUUUAGUUAAUAUUGAUACAUAUGUAUCUAUGUUUGCAUGAAGUUGGAGUUCAUUUAAUUUAAUUUAAUUAUCUAUUUAAAUCUUUUGACUACUGAAGAAUAAUAUAAGAAACUUCUUGAGCAUA